AUGGGCACAUCCAGAGCACCCAAGGCCAAGCCAGAUCACGCAGAUGCCGACGAUUCCGAUGAGCUCGGCGUCUUUGCCGCCGAGCGCUACUUGUACGGAGACGACGCGCUGCUGUGGCCGUGCGAGCGCUCCUCGUCUUCGCUGUCGUCCGCGUUCAGGACGGGGACGCACGAGCACGACCGGUCCGCCCCGACGCCGACGGCCGUCACUAGCUCGUCGGAAGCAAGCUGGAACAGCCGCUCCACUCUGCUGCCCAAUGAGCCGGCAGAGAAGUUGUGCGCUGUCGAUGUCGCUGUCGCCGCCGCCACCCCGAUCGUCGAAGCGAGGCCUUCGGAUGUAGAAGGUCAGCGGACCGGCCGCAGGCCCUCUUCGUCGUCUAACCUGCGGCGAUGGCUGCUCGGAGUGGCGGCGUGCGCUUGCGCCGGCGGAGCUUCCGAGGAGUCAGUGAGCGCCGACGAAAUGGAAACGAGCGAGCGGUUUCCGGAAACAGAGAUCCCGGAGGCCACCGCAGCGAGAUCGAGUGUGACGCCUGCGAGUGGCAGAUGGCUCCUCGAAGGCGAAGGCGACAAAACAACCCUUGCCGGAAUGGAUGGCCACCGCCGUGCCACCAACAAGGGUGAAGUGUCUACGCCCAUCUUGCAUCCCCAAGCAGCAGCCACCUCCGACUCCGACGAUCGGCGGCGCAUCAAAUCAUUGGAAAUGUUCCGGCCGGUGCCGGUGGGCGACCGUGGGAGCGCGCUCGGUUCAGCGACGCAAAGCUCUGCUUUUACAAUCGUCGCCGGAAAUACGGCGCUGGGUGGUGACGCUCCGCGCACGGCCAGCGGCGGCGGAGGGAGCCCUGGCGAGGACGACGCGGCUCCGAGCGAGCUUGGGUGCGCGUACCCACCUAGCGAGGCCAGCGUUGUCUGGAGCGUGGUCACCGCAGACGGCGCGGCGUCCGGCAACUUCUCCAGCGCGGCGUCGGGGUGCUACUACCACUACUGCUUCAACGACGUCGACGAAGGUGCGAUGCGGCGCGCCGCUGCCAGGAACACUCACAAGAGGAGAAGCGGAAUCCCGAGCGGUAGCAGCCUGCUAAUGUGCAUGAGCGAGAAGGCAGUCGACGCUGUCGGGCCAGCUCGGUCCGUUCACCGGCAGGAGGUCCAACCGGCUGCCAUGGCAACGCUGGGAGCAUCUGGCGGCAGCCGGAACGGCCACGGAGUGUACAAACCCCAGGACGUGAUUCGGCGCCGGUAG